GGUAUGCGUCGUCCUUCUGUAAGUUCUGAAUCAUGGCGACAAGUUUAGCGAGGCCAGCUCUUACCAGAGAAGAUAUCGAGCGACAAGCACAGGACAUUGUUGAUAAAAAGGCUGGAAAAGCUCCAACGGACAAUACAGAUUUGGUUGGAUUGACUUCUCAAGGAUAUUUUGAUACUGAUAUUUAUGGAUCAAGUUCAAGCAAAUUUGAUGGUUAUGAAGCUUCGAUUCCAACAAAUGAAGCUGAAGAGGAUGAUGAUGAUUAUUCUGCAAGUGCACUGGGCCAAGGAAAAAGAGCAAGAUACACAGCACCUGUGGCGUUACUUAAUGACAUUCCUCAAGGAGAACAGUACAAUGCAUUUGCUGAACACAAACAACCAACAAUUGCUGAGAGAGAAGAUGAAUAUCGUGCAAGAAGAAGGGCUAUGAUAAUAUCCCCAGAAAGAAAUGAUCCAUUCUUAGAAGCAAUAAGUUUAAAGACACCUGAUCCUUCUCAAAUGAAAGGACGAAGCUAUCCAGAUAUUUUGAUGGAACAACGAAUGAGGAAAGAAGAGGUUGAAACUCGAAAGGAAAUUCUUGAAAAAGCUAAGUCUGGAGAACUUCAAGUAAAGGUUCCAGCUAAACCUGUUGAGAAGAAAAGACGUCGUUGGGACCAACAGCAAGGUGGUGAUGAUGAAGCACCCGUGGCGAAAAAGAAGUCUGGUACCUGGGAUCAGAGUGCUGAAACACCAGGUGGGGGAACACGAUGGGAUGAAACCCCCGGUCGUGUUAAAGGUAGUGAAACUCCAGGUGGAAGCACUACACCACACCGUGGUGCUGAAACGCCUGGUGCAACUCCAAGUGCAAGAAUGUGGGAAGCUACUCCAAGUCAUGCUACACCCGGGUCUACAACACCAGGCAGUAUGACACCUGGUCACUCUACCCCAGGUGUGUCAACGCGUCGAAACAGAUGGGAUGAAACUCCAAAGACGGACCGUGGAACACCCGGGCACACAACCCCCGGUCAAGCAACGCCUGGAUGGGCGGAGACCCCACGUACUGACCGUACUGGCGCACAAACACCCGGGGCAACACCAACCCCCGGAAGUAAGAGACGAUCGAGAUGGGAUGAAACGCCAUCAGCACAAAUGGGUGGUGGUACACCUCUAGUUAAUGCUAGUGGUAUAACACCAGCUGGAGCUCAAGCUAUGAAUAUGUCCACUCCUACUCCAGGUCAAAUGAUUUCAAUUACCCCUGAACAGAGGCAGGUAUUUCGAUGGGAGAAAGAAAUAGAUGAAAGAAACAGACCUCUAACUGAUGAUGAAUUGGAUGCAAUAAUGCCUAAAGAAGGCUACAAGAUAUUAGAUCCUCCUCCUGGAUAUCAGCCAUUACGUACACCAUCACGAAAGUUAACUGCAACUCCUACACCAAUGGGCUUCAGUGGGUUUACCAUGCAGACAGAGGAUCGAAAUGCUAAAUUGGUUGAAGAUCAACCACCUGGAAAUUUGCCGUAUCUUAAACCUGAUGACGUCCAGUAUUUUGACAAACUAUUGGUUGAUGUUGACGAAAGUACGCUUAGUGCUGAAGAACAGAAAGAGAGAAAGAUUAUGAAACUAUUGUUGAAAAUUAAGAAUGGAACUCCGCCGAUGAGAAAGGCUGCAUUACGACAAGUGACUGAUAAAGCCCGCGAGUUUGGUGCUGGUCCAUUGUUUAAUCAAAUCCUUCCAUUACUGAUGUCUCCGACUCUUGAAGAUCAGGAGCGUCAUUUAUUGGUUAAAGUCAUUGAUCGUAUUUUGUACAAAUUGGAUGACUUAGUUCGACCUUUUGUUCACAAGAUUCUUGUUGUCAUCGAACCUUUAUUGAUUGACGAAGAUUACUAUGCAAGAGUGGAAGGAAGAGAGAUCAUCUCGAAUUUGGCUAAGGCUGCAGGUUUGGCUACGAUGAUCUCCACAAUGAGACCUGACAUUGAUAAUAUUGAUGAAUAUGUUCGUAACACAACUGCCAGAGCGUUUGCUGUGGUUGCAUCUGCUUUGGGUAUUCCAUCUCUGUUGCCUUUUCUGAAAGCUGUUUGUCGAAGUAAAAAAUCCUGGCAAGCUCGUCACACUGGCAUAAAGAUUGUUCAACAGAUUGCAAUUUUGAUGGGUUGUGCUAUAUUACCUCAUCUGCGUAGCUUAGUUGAAAUCAUUGAGCACGGGCUUGUCGAUGAACAACAGAAAGUAAGAACAAUCACAGCUCUUGCUUUGGCUGCCUUAGCCGAAGCUGCUACUCCAUACGGCAUUGAAUCGUUUGACAGUGUUCUUAAACCUUUAUGGAAAGGUAUUCGACAACACAGAGGAAAGGGUUUAGCUGCUUUUCUUAAAGCUAUUGGUUAUCUUAUACCAUUGAUGGAUGCCGAAUAUGCGAACUAUUACACCAGAGAAGUUAUGUUGAUCUUAAUUCGUGAAUUUCAAUCUCCUGACGAGGAAAUGAAGAAAAUUGUAUUGAAGGUAGUCAAACAGUGUUGUGCAACAGAUGGUGUUGAACCUCAAUAUAUCAAGGAUGAAAUUUUACCAGAAUUCUUUAAACAUUUCUGGCAACAUCGUAUGGCAUUAGAUCGUCGUAAUUACAAACAGCUUGUGGACACGACUGUUGAAUUGGCUAAUAAGGUUGGUGCUUCGGAUAUCAUUGGUCGUGUUGUGGAUGAUCUCAAGGAUGAAAAUGAACAAUACAGAAAAAUGGUUAUGGAAACAAUUGAAAAGAUUAUGGGAAACCUUGGCGCGUCCGACAUCGAUUCUCGUCUUGAAGAACAACUUAUUGAUGGUAUAUUAUAUGCGUUCCAAGAACAGACUCAGGAAGAUAUUGUUAUGUUAAAUGGUUUUGGCACUGUUGUAAAUGCUCUUGGCAAACGUGUCAAAGCAUAUCUCCCUCAGAUUUGCGGAACAGUUUUGUGGCGUCUAAACAAUAAGUCAGCUAAAGUUCGUCAACAAGCUGCUGAUCUUAUAUCGCGUAUUGCACAAGUUAUGAUGACUUGUGGAGAAGAGAAAUUGCUUGGACAUUUGGGUGUUGUAUUGUACGAAUAUCUUGGCGAAGAAUACCCUGAAGUUUUGGGAAGCAUUCUAGGUGCUAUCAAAGCAAUUGUGAAUGUCAUUGGUAUGAACAAAAUGCAACCUCCAAUCAAGGAUCUUUUGCCACGAUUAACACCUAUUCUCAAAAACAGACAUGAGAAGGUCCAAGAGAACUGUAUAGACUUGGUUGGUCGUAUUGCUGAUCGCGGUGCUGAACAUGUUAGUGCCAGGGAGUGGAUGAGAAUUUGUUUUGAAUUACUUGAGUUACUAAAGGCCCAUAAGAAGGCAAUUCGUCGAGCAGCUGUGAACACGUUUGGUUAUAUUGCAAAGGCCAUAGGACCUCAAGACGUACUUGCUACAUUGCUAAAUAAUCUAAAAGUGCAAGAACGCCAAAAUCGUGUUUGUACAACAGUCGCCAUUGCUAUCGUCGCUGAAACAUGCUCUCCAUUCACUGUUCUUCCGGCUUUGAUGAACGAGUACCGGGUACCUGAAUUAAAUGUUCAAAAUGGCGUUCUCAAAUCGUUGUCUUUCUUGUUCGAAUACAUCGGUGAAAUGGGAAAAGACUAUAUUUAUGCUGUUACGCCACUUUUGGAGGACGCAUUAAUGGACAGAGAUUUAGUUCAUAGACAGACAGCUUGCUCUGCAAUCAAACACAUGUCGUUAGGCGUAUUUGGAUUUGGCUGUGAAGAUGCACUUGCUCAUUUAUUAAAUUAUGUUUGGCCAAAUAUCUUCGAAACAUCUCCUCAUGUCAUUAACGCUGUCACCGAUGCAAUUGAAGGCAUGAGAGUGGCACUUGGCGCUCCAAAGGUCUUGCAAUAUGCUUUGCAGGGUCUUUUUCACCCCGCACGUAAAGUCAGAGAUGUUUAUUGGAAGAUUUAUAACACUUUAUACAUUGGUGCCCAGGACUCUCUUGUUGCUGGGUAUCCCACUGUCGUCGACGAUGACAAAAACAAUUUCGUUCGUGGAGAGUUGAUGUACUUUUUAUAGCGCGGAUAAGUCGUAAAAAUAAAAACAAAUUAGUUCAUAAAAGAAAUAGAAUGUAGACAUCAUGAAGUAAUACGCUUACCACCAUAAUUAUGACCCAAUUUGGGUACUAUCGAUGUAUGUUGACUUUUGAAUUUAUGCCUGCAGUACCAAUUGUUAAUUUAAAAGUUGUUUCAUCUUCAAAACAUGUAAAUGUUCAGUUUUUCUGUAGCUACACUUAGUUACUUCAACGCUUUUGUGAUUUUUGUUAUAUAUGUAUAUGUAUAUGUA